GCGGCCCGGCCCGCCCCGCCGCCCCGCUCCGCUCCCGCCUCCCGGCGCUGCGGCCGCCCGGCUCCCCGCCGCUCCGUCCGGCUCGGCUCAGCUCGGCUCGGCUCCCCUCUGCCCCGCUCGGUUCCGCUCCGCCGCGCUGCGGCAGCCGCCGCGGGCAGGAGGACGGGAGGCGGCGGCGCCGGGCGCUGCCAUGCGGGCGGGCGGCGCCGGGGCGCGGGGCGGGUGAGGGCGGCGGCGGCGGCGGGGGCUGGCGGCGGCUCGCAGCGCCUGAUCCCGCCCGCGGGAGCCGCCGGGCCGGCGGGGAGCAGCGCGCAGGGCAUGCCAUCCGCCUCGCCCCGAUGUUUCACUGGGGCAAGUGGAAGAAGAGGAUGGGAGCGAGCGCCUCCUCCUCCAAGCGACCCGUCUUCGACGAGCGGGAGGACGUGAACUUUGACCACUUCCAGAUUCUCCGGGCGAUCGGGAAGGGAAGCUUUGGCAAGGUGUGUAUUGUGCAGAAGAGAGAUACUGAGAAGAUGUAUGCCAUGAAGUACAUGAACAAACAGCAGUGCAUUGAAAGAGACGAGGUUCGCAAUGUGUUCAGGGAACUGGAAAUCCUGCAGGAGAUCGAGCACGUGUUCCUGGUGAAUCUCUGGUACUCCUUCCAGGACGAGGAGGACAUGUUCAUGGUGGUGGACUUACUUCUCGGUGGGGACCUGCGCUAUCAUCUGCAGCAAAACGUUCAGUUUACAGAAGAAACGGUCAAACUCUACAUCUGCGAGAUGGCACUGGCUCUCGACUACCUACGAAGUCAGCAUAUUAUCCACAGAGAUGUAAAACCAGACAACAUCCUCCUCGAUGAGCAAGGUCAUGCACAUUUAACAGAUUUUAAUAUUGCAACAAUAAUUAGGGAUGGUGAAAGAGCAACUGCAUUAGCUGGAACAAAGCCAUACAUGGCCCCGGAGAUUUUCCAUUCCUUCCUGAACGGCGGGACGGGCUACUCCUUCGAGGUUGAUUGGUGGUCCCUAGGAAUCAUGGCUUACGAACUGCUGCGGGGCUGGAGACCGUAUGACAUCCACUCCAACAACCCUGUGGAGUCUUUAAUUCAGCUCUUCAGUACUGUCAGCGUUCAGUACUCAUCUGCAUGGUCAAAAGAAAUGGUUGCUCUAUUAAGAAAGCUGCUGACGGUGAACCCCGAGCAUCGCUUUUCCUGCCUGGCUGACGUUCAGGCCUCGACGUACUUGUCCAGCGUAGUCUGGAGCGAUGUCUGCGAGAAGCGGGUGGAGCCGGGCUUCGUCCCCAACAAGGGCCGCCUGCACUGCGACCCCACCUUCGAGCUGGAGGAGAUGAUUCUGGAGUCGAGGCCCUUGCACAAGAAGAAAAAGAGGCUUGCAAAGAACAAGUCGAGGGAUAACAGCAAAGACAGCUCUCAGUCCGAAAAUGACUAUCUCCAAGAAUGCCUUGAAGCUAUCCAGCAAGACUUUGUCAUCUUCAACAGAGAGAAGCUAAAGAAGAGCCAGGAGCAGACGAGCGAGUCCGUGUCCCCCCCCGAGACCACCGACGAAGCUGAGACAGAGGCCGAGUCCGAGACCUCCAACUUGAACAUGUGCAGCUCCGUCUGCUCCUCCGCGGGCAGCAGCUAGGCUGCAGCCGCCGGGCGAGGGUCGCCAGCCCACGCCGAUAACCCGUUCUCAGGUUGCGCUGAGCACCGCAGGCUGUCCUCCGAUGCCACCGGAGAGCACUGACAACUCGUCUUGCCAAGCUGUAGCAAAACAGAUAGUUCUUACAGAACUGCAUCCCUGGAUUUAACGGAGCGCCAGUUCAGCACACUGGUUGCCUGUCGCGGGUAAAGAUACUUGCUAUGCAACUUGUUGGAGAAGGAAGAUCAACUUCUUUACUUGUUCUUUUUUAAUGGCAGAUUGCUGAUCUGCACGUGUUUUUAAUGCUAUAGCAAGAAAAGAAGCUACAUCCUUGGGUACAGCCAGGGAAGAGAGGGAGCAGGUGUGCAGAGGGAGGAAGGCCAAACAGGCGGUUUGAAUUUUACUUUGGCGUUCUCUGUUCGUAAAGGCUGCCGUAGGGACAAGCAAUCCCGAGUAAUCCGGAGCAGCCCGGGGCCUCUCCGGGCUGCGGCGGGCAGCACCAGCCUCGUGGGAGCCUCGAGCUGUGGGGGUCCCGCCGCGUAAGGACGGCCCAGGCACAGCGUUGUCCUCUCGUCACCUGUCAGAGUUUCUUUCCUGACUCGGGGCAAAUAAAUGUUUUUUGCGUACGCCGUGGAUUCUUCUGGGGCUGGGUAAUGAUUAAACAUGUAAUUGAGGUGCAGAAUGCAUUUAAAAGACUUGCUUUUCUCACAUAGCUGCUGCGAGUGGCAAGGAGCCGUGCGAACGGAUGGGAGGGUUUGGUUGUGUUUGUCCGGGUUCGGAGGACGCAAUUUAGCACAGGUUCAGAUUUUACUGGAGACAAAGGGGGUGGCCUCGCGAUGCUGCUGGGUCAUGAAAGGGGGGAAUAUCUUAUUUCACCCUCCGAUUUACUUUAUUCUCAGUGUAAAGUAAAAGUACUGUAUAUAACUUACCAGUACCUGUUUUAACUUCUUAAUAAGACAGGAGAUCUCCUUAACUUGCUCCAGCUGUGGAUAUUGCCUUUCUUCUUGUUUCAGGAGCCUUCACUAUAUUAGUUGCUUUAUCUGCUGUAGAGUGGCUUUUGGUUACUAUCGCUAAAAUUGAGCCGUGGGUUCUGCUGCAACGUACGGCUAUUGUGGUACACAGGGGUUUCCUUAGAACUGCCUUCACUUUCAAACUACCGACAUCUGUUUGCUGCCAGACAUUAAGAGGUUGCAGGGUUUGUAUCCUUACUGUGUAUUCCUAAUGCAAAAAUGGAUAGAAAAUGUUUUUAAUAACAGAUGCAGACUCCCUCAGGACAAAUUUUGCUGCGUUUUCAGUUUCUGUGGAUGAAACCGAAAGGUGUAACUGGUACGAAACAAUUUUAUAUGAAAAAACGACACGACGCAUUUAUUUUCCACAGUUUUAUGUGGAAGUUAGUAUGUGGCUAAAAUUGCACCGAACCAGAUUUUCACAGAAGUCUUUAACAGAAGUGUUGGGGUGUGCAGGCAGAGCUGCAGCGGGCAGGGGAGGGGAGCCCAAGCCUUGGCGGCAGUGCUGGGUACGCGCCGCCAGACGCAGUGCUUGCGGGGUGGCGAGCCCCCAGCUCCUCGGCCGUGCCCGCCAAGGGACAAGGGCUGCACCGCAGGGCUCCGGCAUCGGCCGUGGGUCCUUCCUUGCAGCUGACCGACACUGGCUGGGCACGGGCACGGCCCGCACCUCGUUAGGAGCUGCGUUAAUGAUGGGCUGAAGGGGAGCUGCAGCUGUCGGGGAGCGAGCUCUGAAGUAAAUGCUUUCCCCGGGUACAGGGGGCACCCACCCCCCAGCUCUGAUCCCCGGCUGCACUGGGGGGACCUGCCCUCUCUGCCCCGCAUGACUCCCAGUCUGAUUGCUGGGUACCGGGGUCACCUAAUUACCCCGAGCCCCUAAUUACCUUUUCCCGCACAGCAGAGCACACCUAUGGGCGGCUGGCUGGGCCACAUGCCCUGGCCGCGUUUGCUGCCGGUGAGCAGCCCCGCUCUCUGCGGGGGCAGCCUGCUCCUCACCCCCACACUCUCUGCGCUCCCCUCGUUUUCCCCGACCCCCGACCUGAGCAGCCGGGUCUGUCCCGGCACCGGCUGCGGUGCACGUGGGCUGCCUGCGCGGGCACGGCGCCUGUCGGCAACGGCCACGAGUGGGGACCGGGGCACUUCACAACCUAGUAGUAACGCUUUAAUCGCCAGUCACAAACCCGGAUCAAGGGGAGCUCUGAUCUGCUGCUGAUCAGAGCAGUCUGAUAACCCUGCUGCCGCGAGGGGCCGGAAUCCCGCCGCUUGGCCUGCCAGCACUCGGGGACGGCAGGAGAAGCAGAAUGAGGCUCAAACCCAAGUAUUUUUUCAGGAAUUAUAAACUACAAAUUAUUUAUUCCACCAGUAUGGAUAGUUGGGUUUUGGUUUUUUUUUUUCCAUAAACUCCAUUGCACUAUUUAUCAUCUUUCUGUAAAUAAUGACAAAAGUUUGGACUAUCGGAACGACAAGGAGUGUAACUUAUUUUUGGACCAAAUCAUCCUGUACAUGAGAGAUGCAGAUACAUCCUCUUCAGCCAGAAGCUCUCGGGCCAGGAGAGGUGGCGGCAGUUUGGUAGGACACGUCUAAUGAUGGUUUCGUCACUUCCUUUAGGACAAGUGACAGACGGCCCUUGAGGUUGGGGUUGGUGUGUGUCGGGAGGAGCUGGCUCACUUCUGAAACUGAUGUUUCUCACCCCAAACCCUCUCUGUGUCGGUCAUUUAUGUUCCCUUUUCAGCACUGCUCUUCCUGGGUGUAUUGUGCAAAAUACCGUCAGAGCGGGAAGGCUCCUGGGGAGACACCCGGUAAUUGCUCCUUCCCGGGCUAAAUAACUCGGGGCAGAUUCUUUCUGCCCAGGAAGCACCACUGAAAUCCAGCAACGCAUCUCCCAGGGACGCGCCAGGGGAAACUGCUUUCUGCCUCACCUCAAUCUAUUUCUAAACCUGAAUCACUGAGAGAAGUGACAGCACACAGACCUCUAGGAUCAUGGCGCUGAGUAGUAGAGACACCGUGAGUACAGUAUAACCGAAGUACUCAUCCUCCAUCUUAAAUAAUGCAUGGGCGUAACUUCACUAGUGCCCACUGCGGACAGGGCUUAUUGACGCCCGUUUAUGCCUCGUCCCUGGAGAAGAAAUUACAAGACAAGAUGGAAGGGUAGUAAAAAGAGAGAUGCAUCGGCUUCGUUGCCCAAAUCCCCAUGGUGGGUUUCAGUGCACCGGGCCCUUCCGUCCCCGCUGCGCCGCUGCUCUCUGGGCCCUUUUGUGUCAUGUCCCCGUCUCUGUGUCCCCGUCACGAGCCUCUGCUGAUGGAGCCGGCCGAGCCCAGCCCUGUCGGCACCGUACGUCCCCGCUCUCCUCCCAGGGACGCCCAGUGCAAAGCCAACCCCGUCCCCGCUGACCUUUGGGGGACAGGAGCCUCUUCCCGCGCCGCUCCAGGGCUGCGUGGCUGGCACCGGCCGGGGUGGGCGCGGAGAGCUCGUGGCUGGGGGUGCGGCGGGGUCACCCGCCAACGCUGCCCUCCAGCGCCGGUGUCGUGUGCAGCCGUCGGUGUUGGAUGAGCCUGUGCUGCGGCCGCCCGGGUGAUGGGGUGCGCAGGGCCAUCGGCUCCGGUCCUUGGCGGGCAGCUCGCCGGGGCGGGCAGCUGAACCGGCAGCUGCCAGUCCUGCCAGCCCUGCCUCCGGGCUAGCGACGCUCGGCACGAGGCGUGCGCUGAGGACGCCGGGCUGGCGCGAAGGGUUAUGCUCUGCAAAGGGCUGGCCCUUGUGAAAGAUGUGGGGCUUUGCGAUUCUCUGAACCGCUCCUCUCCCGUCAUUCUCUCUGUUGCGUGAGAGCCUGAUGCAGCUCCAGAUGUGAGCAAAACUCACGGUGACGUCAUGAAAUAGUUCUGGUACCAAACCUCACCAUGCAGAGCUUGAAAGGAGUGGAUAGCAGCUCUGGUUUACAUCUCCACUACAAGCAGAAUACAAUAAUUUUCUGUAGAUAAGUAUUUAAAUACAUGUAUUUUUUUUUUGUAUGACAGAUUUAUACAGGGUGUGCCAUUAUUGGCUGUGAAAAGUCUACACCGGCUAUAAAUUAUUCUCCUUAAAUUCCUUGCCAUAAGAUUGUUUUCUUAUCUCUGUUGUAUUAUGAAGUUUUGCAAAGUUGCAUAUUUUUAAGUGUUUCCAUUGAAUUCCACAGACUUCACCAGGAAUUUUGCAUAGAAAACAAAUGCCAGAUCAGGUCCUGAUAUUUUUUCUGUUGCCAAUCCUUUAUUACUCUAUACCUUGCCAAAAAGAGAGUAAGAGUAAUAAAACAAUAGCAAAAAGGCCAAUAAUAUGAACUUGACAUUGGACAGUGCUGAAAUCCCGAUGCCUUGCUAGGGUAUUUUAAAAAAUUAUUUCAGUGGAAAUAUAUGUAAAGUAUAUCUUUGUAUUUUAUGUUAAUAACUUUCUGUAAUUUUAUUGCAUGAAAAUUCUACCAUGUCACAGAAUAUUUAAGUUAUGACGUUUGUGUUUUUGCAGAUACUGCGAGAAGCCAUUGCAUAUGUGGAGUAAUAAAUGUGUAUUUUUAACAU